CUGCAGACAGCCGUCUUUGUAAGGAGACCAGUGAGCGGAGCUCUGUGACAGCAGCCCCUGCUGUUACCUCUCCUCCCCACUCCCCAAUGAACUGGCUGCACAGCAAGCACUGACCCAGCAGUGCACCACAAGAUCACAUUAUAUGAGAUCUUAACUUUUCUUCUUUUUAUUUUCCUCCCCAUUUUCCACCAUCAUAGCAUCUCUAUUUUUCUACAUUUUCUUACAAUCAUGGUGCUGGGGAAGGUAAAGAGUUUAACCAUAAGCUUUGACUGUCUGAAUGGCAGCCAUGUCCCUGUGUAUUCCAGCGGGGACACAGUCUCAGGAAAGGUAAAUCUGGAAGUUACUGGGGAGAUCCGAGUGAAAUCCCUGAGGAUCCAUGCAAGAGGACAUGCCAAAGUGAGAUGGACCGAAUCUAGGAAUGCUGGAUCUAAUACUGCCUAUACCCAGAAUUACACCGAAGAAGUGGAGUAUUUCAACCAUAAAGACAUCCUGAUCGGCCAUGAAAGAGAUGAUGAUAACUCUGAAGAAGGACUGACCACUAUUCAUUCAGGACGCCAUGAAUAUGCAUUUAGUUUCGAGCUUCCACAGACACCACUUGCUACCUCAUUUGAAGGCAGACACGGCAGUGUACGUUAUUGGGUUAAAGCAGAGUUGCACAGAGCCUGGCUUCUACCAGUAAAAUUAAAGAAGGAAUUCACCGUGUUUGAACAUAUUGAUAUUAACACUCCUUCAUUACUGUCGCCACAAGCCGGCACAAAAGAGAAAACUCUGUGUUGCUGGUUUUGUACCUCAGGUCCAAUAUCCUUAAGUGCCAAAAUUGAAAGGAAGGGCUAUACACCAGGUGAAUCAAUUCAGAUCUUCGCAGAGAUUGAGAAUUGCUCUUCCAGAAUGGUUGUGCCUAAGGCGGCCAUUUAUCAAACACAGACCUUCUAUGCCAAAGGGAAAAUGAAGGAGGUGAAGCAACUUGUGGCCAACUUACGAGGCGAAUCCCUUUCUUCUGGAAAAACAGAGACCUGGAAUGGCAAGCUGCUUAAAAUCCCACCUGUAUCCCCCUCGAUCAUUGACUGCAGCAUUAUCCGCGUAGAAUAUUCUCUCAUGGUAUAUGUGGAUAUUCCGGGUGCUAUGGACUUAUUUCUUAAUUUACCUCUGGUCAUUGGAACAAUUCCUUUGCACCCAUUUGGCAGCCGGACAUCCAGUGUAAGCAGUCAGUACAGCAUGAAUAACUGGCUGGGAUUAGUUCUACCAGAGCGACCUGAAGCACCUCCAAGCUAUGCAGAAAUUGUCACAGAAGAGCAAAGACAGAACAUGGUAUCCUCAAAUAUUUGUGAUAAUUUUGAGUUGGCACUUCAAGGACCACUGUUUGCUUAUAUCCAAGAAUUUCGUUACCUGCCUCCACCUCUUUACUCAGAGGUUGAUCCAAAUCCAGAUCAGCCAGUAGAAGAACAUCCCUCCUGUCCAUCCCGCUGAAGAAAUCUGCAAUAUUCAGCUGACGAGACUUAAGUUAACUGCCUUCAGUGAGACAUGGCAGCCAUAAUGGAGACUCUUUCAGAAAGUAGAGUUUGAGUCUCUCUUUGGAAGCUGCAAACUGAAUCAACCUGUGGUCAUUAUUAUGGCGCUUACAGCUUUGUAACACGUUUGCGCUCCAUACUUUUGGACUGCCUUGCCAUUGGCACAAAAAGAUGCUGUGCUCUUACGGCACACGGUCAAGCGGCAAGAUGGUCGACAGGUAGUGAAGAGGAUCCGGGUUCCUCUAACACUGAAUUUCUACACCUUCAGUGUGUCUGUAGAGCAGCUUGGAAUCACUUCAGCUAUCCUCCUUAAACGUGGUUGUGUUGUGCACAACAAGAAGCAAGCAAAAGAGACAAUGCAGUGACAAAUGCACUAAUAUAUAUAUUUUGUUUUACUGUAGCCUGGGCUCUACAUGCUUAGUAUUGUCCACAAUGGCUGCAUGUGCACCAUCUUCAGCCUACAUACAGCAAAGGAUUUCUUUACACCCAUAAAAUGCCUUCAUGCCAGUUUAUUGCUGUUAUGUUUUGCGGCCUACUGUUGUAGAAUAGCAACAACUCCAGUGGGUUAGAUGCAGAAGAAAGAAAGGAAAAAAAUGACACAAGGAAAAUCAGACUUUCUUAACGAUUGUAUUCUUAGUAUCUAUCAAAGACGUUUUGCCUUUAUACUGUCACCCCAAGCAGGAUUUUGUUACAGACUUCCUACAAAUCACUUAAUCUCAGGAGAUUUCAUCACUUGCCAAACUUUGGAAUGCUAUUUUGCUAUUUUUGUCUUUAUGUUGCACUGUAAUAUGUGGGGAGUUAUGAGGUUAUGUUGGUUAACAUGCACAAGAAAACAAAACAAAAAGAGAAAACAAAAUAACUCCUAUUCCAUUUUUUAUUUUAUUUUUUUGCACAUAAAGUUUAGGGCAUUACAUUUUUUUUUAUUCGUUCCUCAAAGCACUAGUGGGACAUUAUUUCAGUUAAAUGGGAAUACUUUGUACCUGAUAUUUGUGUACCUGUGAUGCUCAAGCAGUGUAAGCUUAUAUUUUUUUUAUUUUUGCACAUGAAAAGGCAUAUAGGCCUUCCCAACCUAUAAGUGUUCCCUUUUGAUAAGUAUAGUAGUUUACGUGACUGGUUUAACACUUAACUAAUGCACAAAAUAAAGUCUUUUAUGUUACAGCACUAAAUUUACUUAAAAUUGGGAACAUGGCAGGGUUGAUUUUGUUCAUAUUUUUUUUUUUUCUUGUGCAUUUCUAUUAACAGUGUUAUCUAAAUCAUUAUUGAUACAUUGCUGUAAUGGAGAAACAUUUUAAAUGGCUUACUGUAUUUCUGCAUUCAUAACUUUUCCUACUAAAUAGUUAAACGUAGCACAUGUGGUGAGUGCUGGCAUCAAUCAAAGUCAUGUCCGCACAACACCAUCCGCUAUACAGCAGAGCAGAAAGGUUUCCGCCAUAGUGUUGGGAAUAGUAAACCAAUACGGUUCUCUUCUGAGGAGGAAGUUAAACUAGAACUUGUGACAUCCACUAUAAUCCAUGCUUUUAGCAAGUGUCCUUUUUAAGCUAAUUUUUGUUAAGUUUCAGUUUAAAAAGAUUUAAAAAAAUCCUUCCACAGUGAAGAUAUUAAACUUAUUAGUCACGUUUUAAGUGAUUUAUCUGACGUCUUGGUUUUCUCUAUCUGACAUAAGUUGAAGAAAUGACAGUAGUUUUGGCAUUUCCCCAAAGCGCCCCAGCCCCCAACUCUACCCCCCUUUUUUUCUUCUUCCCCCCCCCCUGCUAUGAUGGAUUUAGCACUGAUUCAUUCUCAUGAUGUAAUUGGCAUUAAAACAUUGUAGUUUUUUAUUUUUUAUCAAAACUAUUGUUCCAUUUUUUUUUAGUAUUUUUCUAUUUUUUUUUUUUAAUGGGGAACAAUUCCUGUCUUGUCUAUAAAACUAUAGGCAAAGUUUAUGUCUGAAUAGGGUUGACCAAUAUUAAUAGCCACUGUAAGUGUAUGUGAGGUUUAGCAUAAGGCCACUGGCACUGUAUCGCAUGAAAUGUGGUAAAUCAACAAUGCUUAAAAACUUCUGCUAAGUUUGUGAAGAUAUUUAUUUACUCUGUUCAGAGGCAUUAUUACAUUUUUUUUUUCUUUACAUAUAUACUGGUCUAUUUCUUUGAAAAGAAAAUUAAAAAGGAGAAAAAAAUAUUGGCAGAUAUAGCCCAGUAUUCAUGAUGGUUCCCUAACUAGGAACAAACGAAUGAAUCCAAAUUUCUAGAGAAAUAAAGUGCAAUAUUAUGUGUAUGCUAAUAGAUCCUAAUCUAUGGCUGUUUGUACAUUUUAUUUUUAUUUUAUUUUAAUUUUUUUUUAUAUAUAUUUUAGUUUUGGUGCUGAAAAUGUUAUUCUAAGCUCCAGUUUAAAACAAACUUCUGUGGAAAAUGUUAAAUUUUCCUAUUGUUCUUCCUUGUUUCAAAAAAUAAAUU